CAACAACAACAACAACUAAAAACAAAAAAAACUUACUACAACAGCAACAAAAACAGCAGCAGCAACAAUGGCCAUAAAUUUCUCGGCCAGCUUUGCCGCCUGCAUAGCAGCGGGACUGAAGGUGCCGCGCCAGAUUAUGUACUGCAUCACGCAGGACACAGGACAGCCGUAUGUGCUCUACAAGGACUCGCAGGAUGCGGAGCGCAAUGGCGCAAUAGGCGCCAGUGCCGCACAGUGGGGCAGCGACAUGUAUCCGAACAUACAGCAGCAGGCGCAGCAACAUUUGAGUGCACAGCAGCAACAGCAACAGCAGCAGCAGCAGCAACAGACGGCAGCAGCGCAGGCCGCAGCAGCAGCGGCAGUGGCAGCGGGACAGCAGCCACAAAGUCCGCCGGGCGGGCAGGAGCCGCGUGACAAUGGCAGCGGCGAUGGACGACAGCAGCAGGUGUCGCCCUCAUCGAGUCCAUAUCCUGUGCAGCAGCAGCAACGUGCCAACGGCAAUGCCGACGAUGAUGCCAUGAAUCAGCUUGCCAAUCAGAACUCCGCGCCAAAUCCAAACCAAAGCAGCAACGAGCCGCAGCAUGCGUCCAGCAAUGGCGCCGAGCCGAAUCCACAUGCGCAGCAGAAUGGCGGACCCGAUCCCAGCUUCCAGACAGCUUCCGAUUACUAUGCUCAACGCCAUGGGGCGCCGCAGGGCGGCAUGCUGAGCGCGCCUGGCUUCCCACCCUUGCACUAUCUGAACAAGAUGGAGCAGAAUGGCGGCGAGUCGUAUGCGCUGCCCGAACUGCUGCCAGCACAGCAACAGCAGCAGCAGCAACAGCAGCAGCAGCAGCAGCAGCAACAGCAGCAGCAGCAACAGCAGCAGCAGCAACAACAACAGCAGCAGCCAAAUGGCGCGCCACAGAAUGUUGCACAAGCGAAUGGCGCUGCCAAUGAAAGCGUCGCUGCAGCUGCUAAUGGCGCUGGCGGCGCUGCGGUGGCGACAGGCGCGACGGGGACAACGGGCGGACGUACCGGACCCGGGCGUCCGCACAAGAAUAAGCCGCAUAGCGAUCUGCGUUUGUUCAAGUGCUUGACCUGCGGCAAGGAUUUCAAGCAGAAGAGCACGUUGCUCCAGCACGAUCGGAUACAUACGGACGCCCGUCCGUUUCCGUGCUCCGAGUGCGGCAAGCGCUUCCGGCAGCAGUCGCACCUGACGCAACACCUGCGCAUUCAUGCCAACGAAAAGCCAUUCACCUGCCCGUACUGUUCGCGCAGCUUCAGGCAGCGCGCGAUUCUCAAUCAGCACAUACGCAUCCAUUCGGGUGAGAAGCCCUUCGCCUGCCCCGAGUGCGGCAAGCACUUUCGCCAGAAGGCCAUCCUCAAUCAGCAUGUGCGCACCCACCAAGAUGUCUCGCCGCAUCUCAUCUUCAAGAACGGACCGCAUCCGACGCUGUGGCCCUCGGACGUGCCCUUUCCGGGCGAUGAGCAGGACACCAAGGGCGACAUUACCGUUGGCAGCGGUGGCUAUCAUGACGACGAUUCCCAAGGCACGCCCGACGGCAGCGGCGGCAUACACUAUCCCUCCUACUUCAAGGACGUCAAGGCAGGUCAAAAGAUUCUGCCCGAGGUGCUGCAGCACAUUGGCGUGCGGCCAGCGAACAUGCCGCUCUAUGUGCGCUGCCCCAUCUGCGACAAGGAGUUCAAGCAGAAGACGACGCUGCUGCAGCACGGCUGCAUACACAUCGAGUCGCGUCCGUAUCCGUGCCCCGAGUGCGGCAAGCGCUUCCGCCAGCAAUCGCAUCUCACGCAACACUUGCGCAUACAUACGAACGAGAAACCCUUUGGCUGCAUGUACUGUCCGCGUUUCUUCAGACAGCGCACCAUUCUGAAUCAGCACUUGCGCAUUCAUACAGGCGAGAAGCCUUACAAGUGCACGCAAUGCGGCAAGGACUUUAGACAAAAGGCUAUACUGGAUCAGCAUACGCGCACCCACCAGGUAGGCGAUCGUCCGUUCUGCUGUCCCAUGCCCAAUUGCCGGCGACGCUUUGCCUCGGAGAAUGAGGUGACCAAGCAUAUUGACAACCAUAUGAAUCCCAACACCACCAAGGUGCGUCGCCAGCAGCAGCAACAACAGCAGCAGCAGCAGCAAGUGCAGCAGCAGCAACAGCAAGUGCAACAGCAGCAACAAGUGCAGCAGCAACAACAAGCGCCCUCCGCUGCUGUUGUAGCCAAUCAUUUGAUGAACGAUGUCAAGAGUCUGGCGGCUCAGCAAUUCCUCAACAACAACAAUCCCGCCGCAGUUGAUAACAAGGCCAACAUCUUGCCGGUGCGCAGCAUGGCGGCAAAUGCUGCUGCCGCCGCCGCUGUGGCGCAGCAGUCGGUGGUCAAGAACGAGCUGUACUUUCCACAGUGCUAUGGUCCACCCUUUCAGCAUCCCUUCCAUGCGCAGCAGCAACAGCAGCAGCAGCAGCCAAGCGCUGCUCAUGCCAAUGGACCCACGCCGCCCGUAACGGUUACCGUAGCCAAUGCCGUUGCGCCCGGCGUCGUUGUGCAACAGAAUGCAGCCACUUCUGUAGUGGCUCAGUGACAUCCCACCACUGGAGCAGCUGCCGCACAACAACAACAACAGCAGCAACAGCAACAACAGCAGCAGCAGCAACAGGCGGCAGCAGCACAUCAUGCGCCAGCGCCAGCGCCGCCAACGAGCGCACAUCAUAUCACAGCCGCUGGAGCGGUGCAAGCCACGCCCACAUCCGCUACAGUGGCGGCACCGCAAACGGUUACGCUAUCGAUAACGUUGCCGCCACCGCCGUCGGCACAUCCGCCGCAUCCGCAUGCGGGACAUGCGCUGGCGGGCGCGCCCAACGGCAUUGCGCCCCCACCGCCGCCCACACUCUCGCACGCAAUACCGCUACACCCACAUAUACACUCGAUAUUCGGAUCUCUAUGAUGUCAGCAGUAAAAACUAACACAACGCCCCCAAACCCAACCCCACAACAAUUUCUAAUUCGACAAAUAUUAAAAGCAAUCGUUCCGAUCGGUUGUCUUACUUUGUAAGUUUUCGUCGCUAAGUUUAACACAAGCAAUUCUCUUAGUUCAUAGUCGAAAAUCAAACGAACGCGCAUGGAUCGACGAGUACUAGUCUUUUCGAAAAGGACUCUAAACUCCUUUCACAAAAUGGUCAGAGCCAUGCGCCCCCCCCCUCCCCGGCCCCCCUAACACAGCUAAGAGUUCGAAUUAUAACCAAAUCACAACGUUAUACGAUUCCUUUAACUUUUACAUGGUAUGUAUUUAUAAAAAGUUCAGCAAUUUAUACACAAGUUAUACGAUUUUUAGGCGUACAGUUAGUUUAGAGCGGAAGAGAUUUAAGAGCGAGUGAGCAUUGAAGUGAUAGAGCGAGACAGAGAGCGAGUUAGAUCGUUGGGUUAGACGUUGCGCUAAGCAUGAGUUUUGUUUAAUUAGAGCAGCUAAUUUCUAAUUAUGUAUAAUUAAUUAAACUAAUUACAUAUGUGCACAUAUGUAUGCUAGUAUUGGAAUCUUUGUUUUGCAAGCAGAUUUAUUUAUAUUAUACACAUACUAUAUAUACUACUACUAUUAGUUUAUCUCUCUUCAUUUUCUAUUGACAUGUGAUUUUUUUCUUUAAUUUUUAUAUUUAAAAUUGCUGCAAUUUUGCGCUAAACAAUUCAAACCAUAAGUUGUAUAUUUGCUAACAACAAUUAGUUGUCUUCCCUGAAUUGUUUGUGUGUAAUUAUUAUUUAGUAAUUAGUCCCAACUAAGUCCACACAAGCUACAGACCCGCCCCAGCCCCCACAAACAAACAAUAUAGCUAAAGAUUUAAAUGUGACUCUUCAGGUGCCAUACAAUUUAUAAACAAUAGUCAAAGCUGCACUUAAACAAAUUCAACUUGCAUCAACUUCAAGCCCCCAAACAAUUUUAUGUGUGGACGUUAGCAACAAAUAUUUUCCAAUGUACCGUCAAAGCAUUUAUAAUUGUUAUUAUAUAUCAGCCCUAUAACUAUCAGCAGCAUAAUCAAUAUCGAAGCGAUCGAUCGAUCGAUCGUUGAUUAAGUGAAUCUAACUUUAGUAGUUGCGUUUUUCCCCUUUCGCUAGUAAUUGUACUCAUUAUUU